AUGCAGUGGAAGUGGAGGAUGGUCUUUCCGCACGUGUGCUGCACCACUUUCCUUUUCUGUUGGAUCUCCUUCGGUGUUCUCCUGGUGGAGGUGGUGGGCUCUCAACAAGGAAUCCCGCCGUCGGUUGUGAAGCUCUGGGCGUCGGCGUUCGGCGGAGAAAUCAAAUCUAUUUCUGCAAAAUAUUCGGGAUCCCAGUCAUUGCAAAAGAAAUACAAGGAAUUCGAGAAGUCUGUCAGAGUAGAGGAGAUCGAUGGCGUGAAGCUGGUGAGGAACCUGGCCCUGAAGAUGGAGGAGAUGUUCCGGAAAAAAGCGGAGGCCACGAGGCGGUUGGUGGAGGCGGCUGAGGAGGCUCAUCACCAGCACGAGGAGAACCCCGACCUGCAGUACGAGUACUUCAAUGCGGUGCUGAUCAACGAGGUGGAUGAGGAGGGGAACAGCGUGGAGCUGGGAGGGCAGUUCAUCCUGGAGCCCAACGACCAUUUCAACAACCUGUCGGUCAACCUCAGCCUCAGUGUGGUGCAGGUGCCUACCAACAUGUACAACAAAGACCCUGAUAUAGUGAAUGGGGUUUAUUGGUCGGAGGCCCUCAAUAAAGUGUUUGUGGAUAAUUUCGAGAGAGAUCCCUCGCUUAUUUGGCAGUACUUCGGGAGUGCCAAGGGCUUCUUCAGGCAGUACCCUGGGGUGAAGUGGCAUCCAGACGAGCAUGGGGUCAUUGGCUUUGACUGCAGGAACAGGAAGUGGUACAUCCAGGCAGCGACAUCUCCUAAGGAUGUUGUGAUCUUAGUGGAUGUGAGUGGGAGCAUGAAGGGACUGAGGCUGACCAUUGCCAGACAGACUGUCUCCUCUAUACUGGACACACUUGGAGAUGACGACUUCUUCAACAUCAUCGCAUACAAUCAGGAAAUCCACUACGUUGAGCCUUGUCUGAACGGCACAUUGGUCCGGGCCGACAGAGCAAACAAAGACCAUUUCCGGGAACAUCUGGAUAAGCUAUUUGCCAAAGGGAUUGGCCUGUUAGGCGAGGCUCUGACCGAAGCGUUCACCAUCCUCAACGAUUUCAACCAGACUGGACACGGCAGUGUGUGCAGCCAGGCCAUCAUGCUUGUGACUGACGGGGCAACAGAAAUGUAUGACGAUGUUUUUGAAAAGUUCAACUGGCCGGAUAGAAAGGUGCGCAUCUUCCCUUACUUGAUUGGCCGAGAGUCUGCGUUUGCUGAUAACCUCAAAUGGAUGGCUUGUGCGAAUAAAGGGUAUUUCAGUCAGAUCUCCACUUUAGCUGAUGUCCAGGAGAACGUGAUGCGAUACCUUCACGUUAUGAGCCGUCCCAAAGUGAUCGACCAUGAGCACGACACGGUCUGGACUGAAGCCUAUGUGGAUAGUGCCCUUUCCCAGGCUCAUAAGCUCAGUGACAAAGCUGGGCCAAGCCUGAUGACCACAGUAGCCAUGCCUGUCUUCAGCACAAAGAAUGAAACGAAGAACCAGGGUAUUCUGUUGGGGGUGGCGGGCACAGACAUCCCCCUCCAGGAGCUCAUGACACUCAUCCCCAAACAUAUGCUAGGGAUCCAUGGGUACGCAUUUGCCAUCACAAACAAUGGCUACAUCCUAACACAUCCAGACCUCAGGCCGCUGUACCAGCAGGGUCAGAAGAGGAGGAAACCCAACUACAGCAGUGUGGACCUGUCUGAGGUGGAGUGGGAGGACAAAGAUGACAUUCUCCGCAAUGCUAUGGUCAACAGGAAGACGGGGACUUUCUCUAUGGAGGUGAAGAAGACGGUGGAUAAAGGGAAACGUGUCCUCAAGAUGCACAAUGACUAUUACUACACAGACAUCAAGGGAACGCCAUUCAGUGUUGGAGUGGCUCUGUCCAGAGGCCACGGCAAGUACUUCUUCAGGGGAAACGUAUCCGUUGAAGCAGGGCUCCACGAUCUGGAACAGCCAGAUGUCGCAUUGGCAGAUGAAUGGACCUACUGCAAUACUGAUGAGUACCACGAGCACCGCCACUUGACCCAGAUCCAAGCCAUCAAGCUGUUCCUGACUGGGCGCCGACCCCACCUCAAAUGUGACAGGGAGCUGAUACAGGAGGUGCUGUUUGAUGCUGUGGUCACGGCUCCACUGGAGGCCUAUUGGACUGGACUGGCCCUCAACAAGUCAGAGAACUCAGACAAAGGAGUGGAAAUUGCUUAUCUGGGCACACGCACUGGCCUAUCAAGAACCAACCUGUUUGUUGUCCCUGAACAGCUUUCCAAUCAAGACUUCCAGACAGCAGAGGACAAGGAGGGUGUGUUCAACGCAGACCACUUCCCGCUGUGGUACAAGAGAGCGGCAGAACAGGUCCCCGGGACCUUCGUCUACUCCAUUCCCUUUAGCUCAGCCUCAGAAAACAAGAGCGUGGUCUUGGCCAGCACAGCAAUUCAGCUCCUCGAUGACAGGAAAUCUCCCAUUGUUGCAGCUGUGGGAAUCCAGAUGAAGCUGGAGUUCUUCCAGAGGAAGUUCUGGACCGCCUGCAGACAGUGCACUGCCCUGGAUGGGAAGUGUAGUAUUAGCUGUGACAGUGAGGCUAUCAACUGCUACCUCAUCGACAACAAUGGCUUCAUUCUAGUCACAGAGGAAAACGCUCAGACAGGGCUCUUCUUCGGAGAAGUAGAAGGUGCUAUGAUGAACAAACUGCUCCAGAUGGGGUCCUUCAAAAGGAUCACUCUGUAUGACUACCAGGCUCUCUGCAAAGAGUACGCCGGGAGCAGCGACAGCGCCCGCAUUUUAUCUGAUCCCUUCUCUGUCGUAAAAUGGCUCUUGACUGAACUUGUCAUUUUUCUGCUGGAGUUUAACCUGUACAGCUGGUGGAACGUCGAUGUGUCUGUCAAAGCCCAGAGGUCUCGCGGUAAAACCAUGAUGGUCCCGUGUGACACAGAGUACCCAGCCUUCUUUUCUGAGCGCACCAUCAAGGAGACAACAGGCAGCAUUGACUGUGAGGGCUGCAUAAGGUCAUUUGUCAUACAGCAGAUUCCCAGCAGUAACCUCUUCAUGGUGGUUGUGGACAACAAGUGUGACUGCAGUUCUUCUCCUCCAGUCUCCAUGGAUCCUAUUGAGAUCAUGUACAACGAGUCUCUGAAAUGUGACAGACUGAAGUUUCAGAAAGACAGGAAGAAGCCUGAGUCAUGCCAUCCAUUCCACCCUGAGGAAAACGCCAUGGAGUGUGGCUCGGCGACAGGCCUGUCCGGUCCGGUUACCGCGGCGCUGUUUCCCCUGCUAGUCUCUCUCAUCAGUAGGUGA